CGCGAUAAUGCAUUAGCUUUGGAUGCUAGAAAUGAAAAAUGUCUUUUCCGUCGUGGUCAAGUUUAUUUAAAUUUUUCGAAUUUUGAACAAGCGAUCAAAGAUUUUCAAACUGCUCUCAAGAUUAAUCCAUCUAAUGUUGCUGCUCAACAACAAAUUCAACACUGUCAACAACAAAAAAUUAAACAAAAUGAAUCAUAUAAAGCCUUUUUUAAUGAUACAUCCAAACCGGGUCUGUUUGACGCCGACGAAAAAUAUAAAAAGGAAGAGGAAAAGAUGAUGGGAAAGAAUGCAUUACGAUCUCUUGGUCUAGAACCUAUUUCUCUCGAAUCUCUCAAUAUCAGAAAAGAAAAACCAUCAAAUAAUUGA